UUAAUCUUCGAGUUACAAAAUUCUCUUGCAAAUUCGUUAUUAAAAUAUUAAUGAUUAUAACACUGUUGAUAAAUACAAUUAGCUCCGGAUCGUACAACUGAACGCCGCAUAAGAUAUUUCGAAUAAUGUACAUAAACACCGAAUAUAAGGAAAAAUAAAAAAAAAUAAUAAAAAUUAAAACAUGAAAAUCGACUUUGUGAAGAAACGAUUAUCCAUCGUUUUUCGUAAAUUAGGAAGAUUAGUUGGACUUCAUCCGUACUACUUUAUCAUUUUUCCUAUUUUAAUAUCAGCGACAUUUUCAGCAUUCAUAGUCAAUAUAAACACUAUCUCAAACACAAGCGAACUGGCAUUUGCAGAUUCAGGAAAAGUCUAUAAUACUAAGAAGUUCAUUGACGAAAACUUUCCUUUUAAUACAUCGAAAUUCCUUGAUCCAACAAGUUUUACAGACGUACCAAAAUGUGUGUUUGUGAUAUUUACAAAGAAAGGUGGUGGAGAUAUGCUCGAAAAAGAUGUGCUACUGGAAAUAAGUUUGGCAGAUCAGUUUAUUAAGAAUAUAACAAUUAACGAUAAAGGAAAAAAAAUUCGAUAUUCAGAUAUUUGUGCACGUGUAGGAGAAAAAUGUUUUGAAAAUCCGAUUAUAGAAAUAUUGCCCGAAAUUGACAAUAUAGUGCAGCGAAAGAAGAAAUUAAAGUAUCCGUUCGAGAUAGAUCCGCUGACAUACUCUUAUCAAAUUAAUUCUCUCAACUUUGGGGGUGUAAUCGAAGACGAGAACGAUGUGAUUCAAACAGUUAAUGCCAUUAGAAUAAUCUAUUUGACAGACGAGAGCGACAAGAAAAUACACAAUGUGAUAGAAAGAUGGCGAACAGAAGUUUAUAAUCGAAUAAGAAAUUAUCAAUUUAAACAUAUUCUUUGUUUCAUUGAUUACUACUGGUCAAUGGAACAACGAAAUGUGCAAUUAGUGGAAAAUAUAAAACCGAUGAUCGGUGCACAAGUUGCAUUUAUUUCUGUUUUUACUAUUGUCACGUGUAUGAGCAACAAUUGGGCAAAAAGCAAGCCUUUUCUUGGUGUUGCAAGUGUCGUAUCGGCUGGUCUGGCCGUGGUCACCUCUUUCGGAUUCAUGUCAGUUGUCGGUGUUCAAAAUAGUAUUUGGAACAUCACCAUUCCGUUCUUAGUUCUCGUGACAGAGAUCGACGAUGCCUUCGUAUUGAUGGCGUGUUGGAGAAUUUCAAACUCCCAGCAUAAAGUACACAAACGUAUGGAAGAAACAUUGGGGGAAGCAGGAAUUUCUAUAACGUUAACAUCGUUGACUAAUCUGUUUUCUUAUUGCAUUGGAAUGACGGCAUCUUUUCCUCUUAUAAGAAUGUUUUGUUAUUAUUCGGCAACCAGCGUAGUGUUUACAUUUUUGUAUCAAAUAACAUUUUAUGCAGGUUGCAUGGCAUUAUCAGGAUACAAAGAAGAAAAUCAACAACAAACAUUUCGUCUUAAUUUCAUAUUUGGUUGCGAUUACAACCGCGGAAAGCAUAAAGAUCGGUGA